GAUCUCUACCAUGAGCAAUGCGAUAGUGUGUGUAUACUGUUUGCGUCGAUACCGAAUUUUUCGGAGUUCUAUGUUGAAUUAGAAGGUAAUAAUGAGGGCGUGGAAUGUUUGCGUCUACUCAACGAGAUUAUCGCCGAUUUUGACGAAUUGCUAAGUGAGGAACGUUUUCGCUACAUUGAAAAGAUCAAAAGUACUGGUGCAACAUAUAUGGCCGCUUCUGGUUUAACGGCAAAUACCUGUAAUCAAGUGAACUUUUGUCAUGUUACCGCUAUGGCAGAGUACGCAUUGCAAUUAUUUGAUAAAAUCGAAGAGGUUAAUACACAUUCGUUCAACAAUUUUCGGCUGCGUAUAGGUAUAAAUAUCGGGCCUGUUGUGGCUGGUGUUAUUGGAGCGCGUAAGCCGCAGUAUGAUAUUUGGGGAAAUGCUGUAAAUGUGGCUUCACGCAUGGACUCUACUGGAUUGCCAGAUCACAUACAG